AUGACUUCGCAGCCAGCAACUUCGCCAGCAAUCAAGAGCUGGCAGACCAAAGCAGCUGAAAAGCGUGCCGCGUGUCAAGAAGCCAUUCCAAAAGAUUGGAUUCUUCCUCAGUCCAUUUUUGAAACGCUCCCAGCAAAAUCUGACCUUCCCAAGACCAAGGUUAAUCUGAUCGAUUUGGACAUUCCGCGCCGCUCCGGUAUCCUGACGGAGAGAGAGAUUGAAAUUACAGAAUCUUUCAGCACCUCGCAGCUUUUGGAGGGCCUUGCCUCUGGAAAGUUCACUUCUUAUGAAGUGACUUUGGCUUUUUCGAAACGCGCAGCCAUUGUUCAGCAGCUGGUGGGCUGUUUGACGGAGACAUUUUUCAAGGAGGCGUUGGAGAGGGCAAAGUAUUUGGACGACUUGCGCAGCAAGGGCAAACUUCUCGGGCCUCUGCACGGCCUGCCCAUCAGCCUCAAGGACACCUACCAGGUCGAGGGCACCCAAGCGACAAUCGGCGCCGUUUCGUUUCUCAACCGCACCUCGCAAGAGAAUUCCUCCAUGGUGGAAGUUCUCUUCGAACUGGGAGCCGUCCUCUACGUAAAGACAAACGUGGCUCAAAUCCUACUGGCCGUCGAAUCUGACAACAAUGUUUUCGGUCGCACGCUGAAUCCAUGGAACACGAUGCUUACGGCCGGCGGAUCAAGCGGAGGCGAAGGCGCCCUGGUUGCAUUCCGAGGAACUCCUCUGGGAGUUGGGACUGAUCUUGCAGGUUCUAUACGAAUCCCCUCCCUGUGCUGUGGAGUGUACGGAUUGAGGGCAACGGCGGACAGGCUUCCCUUUGGAAAGCAGGUUAUGCCUUCCAGCGCUGGAAUUUGGCCGAUUAAACCGACAGCUGGCCCGCUCGCAAACGACAUCGACUCUCUAAAACUGUUUAUGAAAACCGUUAUUGACGCCAAGCCCGCCCUUUAUGAUGGGGCGGUUAUCGACGCGCCGUGGCGAUCGCUCACCAAGAAGCCCAAGUUGCGCCUGGGUCUUCUCCCAGCUGAUCCGUUCUUCCCGCUCCAUCCUACAGUGGAGGAAACGAUCAACAGAGCAGUCAAGGCCCUCCAAUCGCAGGGACACGAAAUUGUGAUCUUGGAUGCAUCCGAAUGCCGCGUUGGAGAAGCAAAUCAAAUCAUGACACAGCUCGUCACCUUGGACACAACAGCAGGCAGCAUUCUGGAAGCCAGCGGUGAGCCACCCGUUCAGUGCUUGAGCAACUUUAGUGACAAGGUCAGUAAGAUUGGCUGGGACUUUUUGCCCGACCUGACUGGCAAGGAUCGACUCGACAAGUAUGGCAUAUUGGAGUACAUCCGCGCCGAGAUUGCCGAGGCGUGGCGCAAGCUGUGGGUGAAGCAUAAUCUGGACGCAGUCAUCUCGCCUUCUGCUCAGCAUACGGCCGUGGAGCACGACAACUUUGGCUGGCCGGCCUAUUCUGCAUUCUUGAAUCUUCUUGAUUAUCCCGCUUGCAUCAUCCCUUUUGGCAAAGCGUCGAAGAUUGAUGUCGAAUUUGUUGCCAAACCAGGGCAGGGCGCACCUCCAUAUAAUCCCGAAGCCGUUGCAGGAGCACCCUCCUCGAUUCAGGUGUUUACCAGCCGCAUGCGAGACGAAGAGUGCUUGGCCGCAGCGGAGGUCAUUGACAACUGCUUGAGGCAAUCCGUUGCUUAG